AGCCGCCGCCGCCGCCACCAGCACAGCCCGGGAGGGCAGUUGCCUCCGGGAAGGAAGCCGGGGCCGGGAGAGAGAAAGAAGCCCGCCCGGAGGAGCUGGGUUGUAAGACGCUGGCUCCGAGACGCUUGCAAGACGCUGACCAGCCCUCCCGCCUCUCUGAGGUGGCCCAAUAUGGCCCACUGAGGUGAACCAUGACCAACUGGCCGCCACUCACCACUGACCAUCCGGAGUUGCAUCCCGGCCGGAGGUGACCCUCCUCCAGCGGCCUUCUGCCCACCCCACCGAGGACUGUGCCCGCCUGCCACGGACACCAUGUAGAGGGGCUGCCGCGGCGCCCAGGGAGCUGCGAUGGUUUUGUACACGACCCCCUUUCCCAACAGCUGUCUGUCGGCCCUGCACUCUGUGUCCUGGGCACUCAUCUUCCCGUGCUUCUGGCUGGUGGACCGGCUCCUGGCCUCCUUCAAGCCCACCACCUACGAGAAGCGCCAGCGGGCAGACGACCCAUGCUACCUCCAGCUGUUCUGCACCGUGCUCUUCACACCUGUCUACCUGGCCCUGCUGGUGGCCUCGCUGCCCUUCGCCUUCCUGGGCUUCCUCCUCUGGUGGCCCCUGCAGUCUGCCCGCCGGCCCUACAUCUACUCCCGGCUCGAGGACAAGGGCCCCGGUGGCGGGGCGGCCCUGCUCAGUGAAUGGAAGGGGACUGGCCCUGGCAAAAGCUUCUGCUUUGCCUCUGCCAACCUCUGCCUCCUGCCUGACUCGCUGGCCAGGUACAACAACCUCUUCAACACCCAGGCGCGGGCCAAGGAGAUCGGGCAGAGGAUCCGCAACGGUGCCAGCCGGCCUCAGAUCAAAAUCUACAUCGACUCGCCCACCAACACUUCCAUCAGCGCGGCCAGCUUCAGCAGCCUGGUGUCCCCGCAGGGUGGUGAUGGCAUGGCCCGGGCUGUCCCCGGGAGCAUUAAGAGGACAGCCUCGGUGGAGUACAAAGGCGAUGGUGUGCGGCACCCCAACGACGAGGCUGCCAAUGGCCCGGCCUCCGGGGAACCGAUGGACGGGGUUGGCCUGGAGGACACCUGCAUUGUGCGCAUCAGUGGCGAUGAGGGGGGCCGGCUGCCAGAAGCUGAGGACACCCCCAAAGGGACCCAGGCCCAGAAUGGUGCCGGUGGGGCCCCGAGAGGCCAAACACCCAACCACAGUCAGCGUGACGGGGACUCGGGGAGCCUGGGCAGCCCCUCGGCCUCCCGGGAGUCGCUGGUGAAGGCUCGGGACCGAGGGGAUCCCGGCGCCACCAACAGCAAGCCCCCCACCAAGGCCACGGUGGCCAAGAAGGUGGCAGCGCGCCAGCGGCGACACCCCGACGAGGCCUUCGACCAUGAGGUCUCGGCCUUCUUCCCAGCCAACCUGGACUUCCUAUGCCUGCAGGAGGUGUUCGACAAGCGUGCGGCCGCCAAGUUGAAAGAUCGGCUGCAUGGCUACUUCGAGCACGUCCUGUACGACGUGGGCCUCUACGGCUGCCGCGGCUGCUGCAGCUUCAAGUUUCUCAACAGCGGCCUCUUCUUCGCCAGCCGCUACCCCAUCAUGGACGUGGCCUAUCACUGUUACCCCAAUGGGAGAGGCAGCGACGGGCUGGCCUCCAAGGGAGCACUGUUUCUCAAGGUGCAGGUGGGAAGCACACCUCAGGACCAAAGAAUCGUCGGGUACAUCACCUGCACACACCUGCAUGCCCUGCCAGAGGACAGUGCUAUCCGCUGUGAGCAGCUGGACAUGCUUCAGGACUGGCUGGCUGAAUUCCGAAAAUCUACCUCCUCGUCCAGCACAGCCAACCCCGAGGAGUUGGUGGCAUUCGAUGUCAUCUGUGGAGACCUGAAUUUUGACAACUGCUCCUCGGAUGACAAGCUGGAGCAGCAACAUUCCCUGUUUACACGCUACAAGGACCCCUGCCGCUUGGGGCCUGGGGAGGAGAAGCCCUGGGUCAUCGGCACCCUGCUGGACCAGGAUGGUCUCUACGACGAGGAUGUGGCCAGCCCUGACAAUCUGCAAAAGGUUUUGGAAAGCGAGGAGGGCCGUCGUGAGUACCUGGCCUUCCCUACCAGCAAGAGCCCAGGGGGAGGACAGAAAGGGCGCAAGGACCUGCUAAAGGGCAACGGGCGUCGCAUCGACUACCUGCUGCACGGCGAGGAGGGGCUGGCCCCAGACUGGAAAGCCGAGGUGGAAGAGUUCGUUUUCGUCACCCAGCUGGCAGGCCUGACUGACCACCUUCCAGUGGCCAUGCGACUAAUGGUGUCUUCGGGAGAGGAGGAAGCUUAGCGCAGCCACGUCACCGGGAGGAGUGGGCUCUGUGGCCCUCAGAGCUUGUGGGGGGGGCUCCCAUCCAGGGCCACCUCCUUUCUGGACAGCAGUGGCUCCCAGUGCCAGGAGAGCCGGGGAAGCCACAGCCAGUCCCCACGUUCUGGAUGCCGCUGCCCUGCACCUCUGUGCUCUUGCCUCGGACAGGAGGAGGCAGGCCCGCCCGGGGCCAAGCUGCCCAACCAGUGCCAUUCUCUUUCACAACGAGAUUUUCUACGAUUCUACAGCACAACCUAGUUUGUAAGAGGUGGGCCAGUAUAAGAACCGGGUUUCCAUACUCUUUGUAUCUCAAGCUUCUCCAGGGUUCAUCAUUUCUCGUCUGCUGCCAUGUUGUCUCGCAUGCCCGCACCCUCGCAUGCCUGCUGUCCGCAUGCCAUGUGCCACGCCGUUAGCCACACAUACCCCUCACACGGGCCUCACCCAAGACGAAACUCCAAACACAAUCAGAACCAGCCAAAGAAGCACUUCAGGGCCAUGGGGCUGCCAGCCGGCUCCCUGCCAGCCUACCAUACACCAGGCAGGGACCC